UUAGAGCGGAAGUAAGGUCCUAACAGCGCGGAUUAGUAAGCAACUGCUAACACGCUAGCUCAGUUGUUUUAUUGAGAUUUUAUUGAAAAGUCUCAAAUAUGUCCGGAAGAGAAGGUGGUAAGAAGAAGCCUUUAAAAUCUGCCAAGAAAGCGACGAAGGAGAUGGACGAUGAGGAAAUGGCCUUCAAGCAGAAGCAGAAAGAAGACCAGAAAGCCUUGGAUGCAUUGAAGACGAAAGCAGCAGGAAAAGGACCUUUGACUGGUGGAGGAAUCAAGAAGUCUGGAAAGAAGUGAUUUGGCAUUAGAAGAUCGUGCACUCAUUUGCUGAAUCGCAGCCCCAUGGCAAAUCCAACCCCCCUACCCCCAUAUUUUUUUUCUUGUUUGGGUCCAUUGUAGAAUCAGUAAAAUACAUGAAAUGACCCUUUAAAAAAAAUAAUCUCCAAUGUGUUCUUGUAAAGGAAAAAGCUCUGAACUAAUAAAGUCUUGUAACUACUGUUGUAUUUACA